GAUUCUUUUCUUGAUUUGUCAUUGUCCAGCAACUUAGUUGUAUAUCAUUCCGAUUUUGAUAAUUGUCUAAUUAAACUUUAAAAUCCUUAAUAAAUAAACGUAAAAAUGGAAACUAUUCUAGGAAUUAGAGGACCCGACUUUGUCAUGGUUGCUGCUGAUACAACACACGCUCGUUCAGUGGUUGUCAUGAAAAGUGAUCAAAAUAAAAUUCACAAAAUCAAUGAUAAACUCAUGAUCGCAACCAUCGGAGAAUCUGGUGAUACAGUUCAAUUCACUGAAUUCAUCUCGAAGAACAUUGCUUUGUAUAAGAUGAGGAAUGGCUAUGACUUGUCACCCAAAUCGGCAGCCCAUUUCACGCGCAAAAAUCUCGCCGACUACCUUAGGAGCCGUACUCCAUACCAAGUGAACAUGUUUGUUGCUGGAUUCGACGAAAAGGAUGGCCCAGAACUUCAUUACAUUGACUAUUUGGCCAAUGCCAAGGACGUCAAGUACGGUGGACAAGGGUAUGGUGGUUUGUUUUGUGCCAGUAUCUUCGAUCGUUACCAUCAUGCUAAUAUAACCCAGGAAGAAGCCUACGAUGUUUUGAAGAAAUGCGUUCUUGAAAUUCAGAAACGUUUGAUUGUAAAUCUGCCCGCAUUUAAUAUUGCUGUAGUCGAUAAGAAUGGUAUUCGAAAUCUCGAUCAAAUUACUGCCACCAGUCUAAUUGGUUAUGCAGCUUAAUUUUGAUUGUUAUUUAGAAAUGUUUUUUUUUUAAAAGAAAAUUUGAAGAGAUCCAAUUCAGUUGGUAUUUGGGAAUAAUGAAAAAAUAAAUCAUUUUUUUUAAACCCGGA